GCUGUGCUGAAGUUCAGUUUGUCACUUUCACACACGGAAAACGAUGGGUUCCGAUGCCAAUCCUUAUGUCUACAGAAUAUGGCCACCGCGUAAAGCGGUCAAGAACAGUUCGAUUAAGGAUGUGCUGAAGGUCGAAUCGAUUGAUCUGUGUUUCGAUGAAAAUGGGAAAGCCUUCUGCACGCAAUCCUACGAAAUGAUGGUUAACCCGCGCCCUACAAAACGUCCCCGGCAGUUGGUAGUGCGACGUGGUGCACCAUUUACCGUGCGGUUGCUUUGCAGCCGUAAGUUCGAUCUGCAAGUAGACACGAUGGUGUUGGUGUUUUCGAUAGUUCCUUUAGGAAAUGAUAAGGCUACUUUCGGAAGUGGAACCGAAACCUAUGUGUUGGUGCAUACGAACGAUACGGCUGCGAGCGAGACAGGUGAGCCGAUAGAUGAUUGGGGAGCUGUACUGGUCGGUAGUAAGGAUAAGCCUAAUGGUAAGGCAGAGUUGACGCUGAGCAUCACAACACCGUCUUAUGCGCCGAUCGCACGAUGGACGGUACAGUUUCACUGCCGAUUGGACACAACCGAUGCGAAGAGCAUGCUUGCGAUAAAGGAUCCAAUGUACCUGCUGUACAAUCCGUGGUGUAAAGAGGAUCCAGUUUACAUGGAAGAUGCGGCUGGUAGGAAAGAGUACGUCCUGGAAGAUAGCACCCUCAUUUGCAAACCAUCCAAGAAAGGACCUUACAUGACAAGCUGGGUCUUGGGUCAGUAUGAAGCAAACGUGUUGGAUUGUGCGCUUUACAUUAUAUCGGAGGUGGGCAACAUCAGGGCAGCGUCGUCCGGCAAUCCGGUGCUCGUUACCAGAGCACUCACCGGUGCGUUAAACAGUGCGAGUGGGUUCGGUGUACUGCGAGGCAACUGGUCCGGCAAUUAUGAGGACGGAACUCCACCGACGGGUUGGACUGGCUCUACAAAGAUACUGCAGGCAUUCUACGAUACGGGCAACACGGUCAAUUACGGUCAGUGUUGGGUGUUUGCCGGCGUUUUGACGACCGUGUGCCGUGCGAUCGGUAUACCGAGCCGAAUCAUCACCAACUUUGAAUCGGCCGGCGAUCAUGACGCUUCGUUAUCGAUCGACUACUACGUGGAUGAUACGGAAAAUGCGGCCUCAAACAUGACGGUGGACUCCAUCUGGAAUUAUCACGUGUGGAACGAGGCGUGGAUGAAGCGCAAGGAUCUGCACAAUCUCAACUUUGACGGUUGGCAGGUGGUAGAUGCGACACCGCAGCAACUUUCCGACGGUAUGUUUAAGUGUGGACCGUUUCCGGUCGCUGCGAUCAAGCAGGGGUACGUGCACGUACCGUUCGAUGGUGAUUUUAUCUACGCGGAGGUAAACGCUGACGUGAUUUACUGGACGAUCGGCAACGAUCAGAAUCCACCGAAACCGAUUGAGAUCAAGACGAAUCAGAUCGGGCGGGACAUGAGCACGAAAGCGAUCGGUUCGAACAAGCGGGAAGACAUCACCGAUCAGUACAAACAGCCGGAAAAUUCGAAAGAGGAACGCGAGGUCAUGAAAACGGCCAUGCAGUUUAGCUGUCAACGAUUUAGCAGUGCAGGGUUGGCGAAACGCUUGCUCGGCCACAUGGUGAACGAUAGCAAUGGCAACGAGGAAGCGAUCACGUUGGAAGUAAAGUGUGACGAAGAGCUCACGAUUGGUUUGACGUUCCAGUUCGAGCUGACCGUUACGUGCACCAGUGCGGUAAGCUCGGUGGAAAGCUUCGGCUUUCUUGUGCUAAAAGAUUCCGACUACACCGGACGGCACGUGGAAACGUUAAAAAAGGUCCCGUUCGCCCUGAAGCUGGAACCACUCGAGUCCAAAUCCAUACAGGUACCGCUAGAUUUUGAGGAAUACAGUAGUACUGUUUCGAACAAAACGAACAUCAAAGCGAUCUGUACAGCGCAGGUUAAGGGUAGCGAUCGGACGUAUUUGAAGGUGGAAAAUUUUCAUCUCACACCACCCGUGGUUGAGCUGUCGCUGAUCGAACACAGCCUAGCGGGUCCGAUAGCGGUGCAGGUUGCGCUUAAGAAUCCUCUGCCGAUACCACUGACACGUGGUCGCUUCACUGUCGAAGGAUCACGGUUUACCGAUCCACUCGAGAAAAAGUACGAUCUCAUCCCGGUUGGUGGAACUGUAAAUUUUAUUUAUUCCAUCAAUCUAGCGCACAAAGGACAAAUGAUUGUAACUGCAUCGUUUGUUUCGAAUGAGUUGAAAAAUGUGCACGGAAAUCUAACGAUACUGCUUCCUGGGGAAGAGGAAGAGGAAGGAGAAGAGACCCCUCCUGUGGGAAAAUGA